UGAAAAAUUCUAUCAGAGGUGAAUGUCAAUUGUCGAGGUUCGCGCAUGCGGAGUAGCGAAUGCCACUGUGUAAUGUACAACGUUAUGGCGAAGAGUGAUGGUGUGCAAUUCAAUAUCUUACACAUCGUACAAAGUGUCCCAGGGGGGAAACGGGACGAGAGAGCUAGACGUAUGGCUAUACCACAGCCUGUAAAACCAGGAAAGUUUCUUGUACAUAGCAAUUUAAAACUGAUUGAAGGACGACCCCAGCGGCAGCUCUACCUUACGGGUAUUCCUAUUAUCACUACAGUGACUCCACCCCCGGAUAAUAAACAUGGUAUUGUGGUCAGGAGCGUGCAAGUGCGUAAUACAGAAGCCACCUAUUUCAUCCCUGUGUCUGUACCACUGAUUCGGCCCCAGGUGCGUCCCCGGCCAGAUGAGGCGCUACAGGAACAGUUGAUGGAAUUUGAUAAAGUGUGUAAAGAAGUAAAGGAGCGAAGUACACCUCGCAAAAAGGCAGCACCGCGCACUGACGAAGACAGCAAACAUGCAAAAAUCUACGCAAUACUGGCGGAAUAUCACAAAAAAUUGGCUAAUUCACCAGAUCUUAAUAACAAGCCAGCACCACGGCGUCGUUCAACGCCACCGUCAUCGAUUUUGGCCAAGCGUAAAAAAUUGGUGGCAUCUAAGAAAUCUCCCAAGGAACAACCUACCCCCGCUCUCGUGAACUAUAUUAUGCAUCCUUUACGCAUCGCUCUGGGUACCCAACGUCUUGUGACUAUGCCACCACCCAAAUUCAUGAGCACCAUUCAGAAUCAACCAUCCUCGCGCAAGGUGUUGCUGUUGGAUAAGCCAGGAUAUAUGUUAAAGCAACUACACAUGGCACCCGAGUCAACAUCUGAGCCCAUUCCUGACUUGCCUGACUGUGAAGAUUUAGGCGUGGGCACGCCUAAUACGAGCGAACUCUUUCCUGAGGCUGACUAUCUAAUGGAGGAGUGCUUAGCACCCUUCGGUGCAGAGGAAAUUAUUGAAAUUCCAUCUGGUGAUUCUAUUAGUCCCCACAAUAAAGAGGUUGAACACUGAGAAACUAAAGUAAAUUUUUCACUAAGUACUUUAUUUCGACCUUUACUAAUACGAAAGUUUGUAAGAUACCGGGUAUUCGCUCUGCGAUAACUAUUUCUUACGGAGUUAGCACACAUGAACUUUAGCUGGCCAUUCCAUCGGAUAGAUAGUGCUACGAUUUUGUUCAAAUGGGUUGUCAGAUUCUGAUUGUCGAAAUUGGUGCCAUAUUUUUUUUCUUUUUUCCCUAAUGUUUUAAACAUUCAUCACUUAACAUUUUCUUCACUCAUGAAUGAUUAUUAACAAGAUAUUGUAUAACUAUCAGAGUAAAACGCAAAAAUGGUCUGGGAGGAAAAUUAAUUUACGCUGCUGUCAAAAUUACUACUAGAAAACUGUAAAAUUUGGGGUAUCCGAUGGAAUUUUUUCCAAUUUAUCGUAAAUUUGGUGACUCUAUUUGUGAGAUUUUGAAGCAAACAAUGCUAUUUUCGUGGGCAGAAACGUACUUUAACCACUAAUUAAACCGUUGCCUUUGGAUUUAAACUACUUUCAGUCGAAAAAAAUGACUUAAAAUGUUUCUCAAAAAAUAUUGGCCAGAAAACCGUCGAUGUGUGCUAACACUGAUACAUUGCUUGAUGUAAGAUGAUAAAAUUUUCAAGGAAUAUUCGUCUGUUUCCGAUUUUCAGUUUUACAAUAUUUUUGUAAUGUGUCUAAGUAGGCUCUGAAAAGAACUCAAAAAAGUCGAAACAUUGCAGAAUAUGAAAAAAAUAACAGCUAUAUAAUGCAUACAGAAAUAAAACAGAAACCAAAAAUCUGCUUUUUUACAGCCUAUAAAUAUUUUUUAUGUUUACUCACA